CGGUAAAAUCUGCUCAUCAUGUCGACCGAUCUCCAAUGGCUCCUCCUCCGCAAAUACAACUCGUACAUGGUGAAGGGUUUACCGGAGGGACCUAUCUUUUCAAAGGAGCCUGGUAACCUCGUGAACAUUCACUCACACAAAUACUCUGGAUUGUCCAACUCGAAGACCAUCGACGUCUCGGACGAAAACGGUGUCAUUCAAAUUACCACCCGGAAAACCGCUUCUCCUCACACUAUUGCUUCCACUCGUUCAACUUCCAAUAUCCGGGCUAGAUCGGGUGGUCGUCGUGCUCUGCGUGUCGCGUCAGCACCUGCGAAGCAGGGAUACAGACCCGACCUCCGUAGGGCAACACUCGCCCGCGUCUCCGCUCUCCUUGCAGCUCAAAAAGAGCCUAAGGCUCAGCCAGCUAAGAAGCCCAGAGGGAAGAAGACAAAGGCUUCUGCGUAAACAUGAACAUGUUCUUAGGUUCUCUUUCCCUACCACUUGUGUAUGUUUUAUGCAGCAACAAUCCAUGCCAGGCAACAUCCACGACA